AUGGCAGUUGAUCUGGAUGUUGGGGAGUUGUUAAUCAUGGGAGAUUCUGACUUGAUUAUCCGGCAAGCUCAGGGCGAGUGGGAAACUCGAGAUAUCAAACUCAUCCCGUACAGACAACAUGUGAAAGAUCUCAGCAAACGGUUCAAGUCCGUCGAAUUCAGGUAUAUUCCUCGAUUCCACAAUGAGUUAGCUGAUGCACUAGCUACCUUGGCUUCAAUGCUGCCGUAUCCAGGUAAUGUCCAUAUUGACCUGUCGGAGAUCCAAAUUCGAGAAAGACAUGGAUAUUGCAAUGCAGUUGAAAUAGAACCCGAUGUUCAGCCAUGGUGUGUAGAUGCCCAAGAAGCUGAAAAGAAACGAAGUGCUAUGUGGGCCCCACAUGAACGGAUAUGUCCUUGCAAAGAUAAUCCUGCGGGCAGGUUAUUACUGGAUGACCAUGGAAAAGGAUUGCUUCAUUUUUUUCCGGAAGUGCCAUCAAUGUCAGAUACACGGUGA